UCCAAUUUGAAACAUCCUCACGAAAAAAAGACAUCCCACGCGCGCACAGCCACUCACCGUCCAUUCUUCCGGCGACUGAGCGACGGCGGCGGGUUCUAAACUCAGACAACUGAGGCGGCGAACUCCAGCGGGCAAGCAACGGCGACGAGCUCCAACGAACUGUUCAAUUGAUUUUGACAUUGCAAUAUAUUGCAAGCAAAGCAAUCUCAUGAUCGAGGAUUAAUUUUGGCUCUUAAUGCUGUUUCGGUUUCAUCUGAGUUUUGGAGCAGUAACAGCUAGAAGAUCCUCAAGUGCCCUACUGAAAAUUCCUUCUAAUAAUUUAAUCCGGAAGAUCCAAAUGGGAACUAAUCAUAACUCUGUGCUAAGAGGUUGCAGCAGUAAUUCUAGAGGAGCCCUGGUGGUUCUAGAAGGUUUGGACCGCUGUGGUAAGACUACACAGUCCAGUAGAUUAGUCCAAUACUUAGAAGGACUUGGCCAUUCUGCUGAACUUUUGCGGUUUCCUGAUAGAACUACAAGUGUUGGACAAAUGAUAUCUUCCUAUCUUUCAAACGAAUCACAGCUGGAUGACCACACAAUACAUCUUCUCUUCAGUGCCAAUCGAUGGGAGAAGAGAUCGUUGAUGGAAACAAAAUUGAAGAGUGGAACCACUCUUAUUGUUGAUCGGUAUUCUUAUUCAGGGGUGGCCUUUUCAGCUGCCAAAGGACUUGGUAUCGAAUGGUGCAAGGCACCGGAGGUUGGCUUGCUAGCUCCGGACUUGGUACUGUACCUAGACAUAUCUCCAGAGAAAGCUGUAGAAAGAGGAGGUUAUGGAUGCGAGAGAUAUGAGCAGCUUGAGUUCCAGAGCAAAGUUGCCCAGUACUACCAAGUUUUGCAUGAUUCCUCUUGGAAGAUAAUUGAUGCUUGCCAACCCAUGGAAGAUAUUGAGAAGCAACUUCAAGAGAUUGUACUGGGCUGUGUCAAGAGACGCCACAACGGGGAACCGCUUUCCGAGCUUUGGUUAAGUUGAUGCUUUCUUUUGAAGCCUGAAGAUCUUUUUCCCGG